UCCCAACAAUUCAUCCUGUUUUUAAUUAAAACAUUUUCUAGAAGCUCCAAAGAGGGCGGUACCCAAAGGAAUAGGAAAAAUAUCCCGCAGGGUCGGGGGAGUGGGGCGCGCCCGAAUCCCGAAUCUGAAGGUGGAUGAUGUAGAGUCACCCCAAUAGAUAACCACGCAGGAGACUCCCGCCUUCGGAACAGCGGCCCACAGUCUGCCCGCGAAUACUCGUGAGUCCCCAGCCUCGAGUCCGGAGCGGGGGCGGGGCUGGCCGAGGCUUGGGGCGGGGCCAUGCGGGGGCACGCGCUGGGCGGGGAGGGGAGACGCUGCAUCCAUGCUCUGAUUGGGCCUUGGUUAAACAAGGGGCGGCAUCUUAGCUAGUUAUGCCUGCUCGUAUUGGAUCCUGUUGAAGAAGGGCGUGGUUUUGUGAAGUCAGUUCCGGUCGGUGUAAAACCCCCGGGGCGGCGGCGAACGGGCUUCAGACGCUUUUGGGUCGCGUUAGGGAGACGCUCUGGUCCGGUUGUGCGUGAGAGGAGGAGAGCCCAGCGCCACAGCGACCCGGAGAGGGAUGGCGGCCACCGGGACCGCGGCCGCUGCGGCCACCGGCAAGCUUCUUGUCCUGCUGCUGCUCGGGCUCACGGCACCCGCAGCGGCUCUGGCUGGCUAUAUCGAGGCUCUCGCAGCCAAUGCUGGAACAGGCUUUGCGGUUGCUGAACCUCAGAUUGCCAUGUUCUGUGGGAAGCUGAACAUGCAUGUGAACAUUCAGACUGGGAAGUGGGAGCCUGACCCAACCGGCACCAAGAGCUGCCUGGGAACAAAGGAGGAAGUUCUUCAGUACUGCCAGGAGAUAUAUCCAGAGCUGCAGAUCACAAAUGUGAUGGAAGCAAACCAGCCAGUCAAUAUUGAUAGUUGGUGCCGAAGGGACAAAAAACAGUGCAGGAGUCACAUUGUUAUACCAUUCAAGUGUCUUGUGGGUGAAUUUGUAAGUGAUGUUCUGCUAGUUCCAGAAAACUGCCAGUUUUUCCACCAAGAGCGGAUGGAGGUGUGUGAGAAGCAUCAGCGGUGGCACACAGUCGUCAAGGAGGCAUGUCUGACUGAGGGGAUGACCUUAUAUAGCUAUGGCAUGCUGCUGCCCUGUGGGGUAGACCAGUUCCAUGGCACUGAGUAUGUGUGCUGCCCUCAGACAAAGGUUGUUGACUCUGACUCCACUAUGUCCAAAGAAGAGGAGGAAGAAGAGGAAGAGGAUGAAGAAGAAGACUAUGCUCUUGAUAAAAGUGAAUUUCCUACCGAAGCAGAUCUGGAAGACUUCACAGAAGCAGCUGCAGAUGAGGACGAGGAUGAGGAGGAGGAGGAGGAGGAGGAAGGGGAGGAAGUGGUAGAAGACCGUGAUUACUACUAUGACUCCUUUAAAGGAGAUGAUUACAAUGAGGAGAACCCAACUGAACCCAGCAGCGAUGGCACCAUCUCAGACAAGGAGAUUGCUCACGAUGUUAAAGUUCCCCCGACUCCCCUGCCAACCAAUGAUGUGGACGUGUAUUUUGAGACGUCGGCUGAUGACAAUGAGCACGCCCGCUUUCAGAAGGCUAAGGAGCAGUUGGAAAUUCGGCAUCGCAGCCGAAUGGACAGGGUAAAAAAGGAGUGGGAAGAAGCAGAACUUCAAGCCAAGAACCUCCCCAAGGCAGAGCGACAGACCCUCAUUCAGCAUUUCCAAGCUAUGGUUAAAGCCUUAGAGAAGGAAGCAGCCAGUGAGAAGCAGCAGCUUGUGGAGACCCAUUUGGCCCGAGUAGAAGCAAUGCUGAAUGACCGUCGGCGCAUAGCUCUGGAAAACUACCUGGCUGCCCUGCAGUCUGACCCUCCUCGGCCACAUCGCAUUCUUCAAGCUCUUCGUCGUUACGUCCGUGCUGAGAACAAAGAUCGCCUGCACACCAUUCGUCAUUACCAACAUGUGUUGGCUGUUGACCCAGAAAAGGCUGCGCAGAUGAAAUCCCAGGUGAUGACACACCUCCAUGUCAUUGAAGAAAGAAGGAACCAAAGUCUCUCUCUGCUGUACAAAGUGCCUUAUGUGGCUCAAGAGAUUCAGGAGGAAAUUGAUGAGCUCCUUCAGGAACAGCGAGCAGAUAUGGACCAGUUUACCUCCUCCAUCUCAGAGAACCCUGUGGAUGUCCGGGUGAGCUCUGAGGAAAGUGAGGAGAUCCCGCCGUUCCACCCUUUCCAUCCCUUCCCAUCCUUGUCUGAGAACGAAGACACUCAGCCGGAGUUGUACCACCCAAUGAAAAAAGGAUCUGGAAUGGCAGAGCAAGAUGGGGGCCUGAUUGGUGCAGAAGAAAAGGUGAUCAACAGUAAGAAUAAAAUGGAUGAAAAUAUGGUCAUUGACGAGACUCUGGAUGUUAAGGAAAUGAUUUUCAAUGCUGAGAGAGUUGGGGGUCUGGAGGAAGAGCCGGACUCUGUGGGGCCUCUACGGGAGGACUUCAGUUUGAGCAGCAGUGCCCUUAUUGGCUUGCUGGUCAUCGCGGUGGCCAUUGCUACAGUCAUCGUCAUCAGCCUGGUGAUGCUGAGGAAGAGGCAAUACGGCACCAUCAGCCAUGGCAUUGUGGAGGUUGAUCCAAUGCUCACCCCAGAAGAGCGUCACUUGAACAAGAUGCAGAACCACGGCUAUGAAAACCCAACCUACAAAUACCUGGAGCAGAUGCAGAUUUAAGGACAGCAGCGUGUGCGACACCCUGGCUGAGGCUGCUGCAGGUGGGCUGGAAGAGCCUCAGCGUUUGUGCUUGACUGCUGACCACCAGCGGUGCCAGAGGCCUCAUCCUACAUCCUGCUCUCCUGGAUUGUUAAGACUAUAAAGUACUACUGUAGGAUUGCAAUUUCCAUUCUUUUAAAUGGGUUUAAAAGAUGUUAAUAUAACAAUAUAUGAUAUAUAAACCUUAAGUGAAAAAAAGAUCUAUUGCAGAUAUCUGAUGGAUGUAGUUUUCUUUUUUUAAAUUAGAAAUGCCACUUCUAUUGUAUUGUCUCACACAUGCUCUAUAUAAAUGGAAAAUGUUGAUUUUUCAAUGAUAGACUAUAUACACAGGCUGUUCCCGUUAUGUAAGUCUGUUCUUUAGGCUCGUUUGCUGGGCUGGUUUUGUCGUCAUUUGUUUUAAUGUAUAAAGGCAGUAUUCCCCUUUUCAGGUUGCUGAGAAAUGUAAGUGGAACUGAAGUACAUUGUAUGCAGUUACUGACUGUUUUAGGCAUAGUCUCCUUGGAAGCCUAGUGCUUCCAGUGCCGGGUGUCCAGUGCUGUCACCAAGCAAGGCUAAGUCACCUUGAGCUAGCUGGAUGCAAAACUAGAUCCACUGUGCUUUCCUUCAAAUCCAGUUCUUCCACAGCAACCAGCCCAUAGUUGUUCUGUGUUCUUCCACAGCUGUUUACGGUAGCCUCCUAGCCACUCUCCUCAGCAAGUGCAUCCAAGAGUGCACCACCCCCUUCUUUGGACGUCUCCGUCCCAUGCACUGACCCUCUGCUUGCCUUCGUACCUCACUUCCUCCACCGCUCUUCAGCCCCUUUGAUGUCCCCUCAGAGAAUACCGAUAUACACAUGGCUAAGGACCCAGGAGACUUCACGGGAGGCCUCAUUAGGUGAAAGGACGAUGUUCUGGGCUGUACAUGAAAUUGGAUCUGUAGACACUGUGUUUCCUUCACUGACUUGUAAUGUCACGCAGCUGGAGUUGAUGCCACAGCCCUUAGUGCUUUGUUGCUGUUUUGUUUUUCAGGGUUCUGGUAACCUGCUACUGUUUUUGUUUUGGUUUUGGUUUGGUUUUUUUUGUAUUUUUCUGUGAUUUCCCUCCCCUUCCCCCCCAUGCCUCUUCCCACUAUGCACAGAUGGAAACUUUACCUACAAACUCCUUCGUAUGAUCUGUGGAGAAUGUACAGAACUUAUUACAUCAAUAAAACACUUUAACUUCCCCCGA